AACUCCAAAAUCUCCCUAUCUAUAUCCUUCUAAGAUUAUAAUGGUGAAGGGAUCUGAAGAGGUAUUAACAAGUGAUCACCAUGGUUGCUUCAAAGGCAAAGCUUGUAACGUGGAAGAAAAAGUGGUUGAAUUAGUAAACAAUACAAAGAAGGUGGGCAAAGACGACCCGAGAAGAAUAGUUCACUCUUUAAAGCUUGGAUUAGCUGCCACAAUGGUGUCAUCAUUUUACUAUUUCGAACCUCUCUACGAUAGCUUCGGCGCAUCUUCGAUAUGGGCCAUCAUCACCGUUAUUGUCGUCUUCGAGUUUUCUGUUGGAGCAACGCUUGGAAAAGGGUUGAAUAGAACGACAGCCACGUUAGUAGCGGGAGGUCUAGGAUUUGUAGCUCAUUACAUUGCAAGUAUUAGUGGAAAGAUUGGACAUCCCAUAUUGCUAGGGAUCUUUAUAUCCAUAAUGAGUGGAACAGCAACAUAUCUUCGAUUCUUCCCCAAGUUGAAGGCGAAAUAUGAUUAUGGGCUUUUGAUAUUCAUAUUGACAUUUGAUAUGGUCGCAGUGUCUGGUUAUAGAGAUGAUGAGAUCUUGAAAUUGGCUUGGCAUAGGAUUGCUAACAUUCUCAUGGGUGGCUUUAUUGCUGUGGUUGUUUGUAUCUUUGUUAGACCUGUUUGGGCUGGUGCUGAUCUUCAUCAAUUGGUUUCUACCAAUAUUCGUAACCUUGGGAUAUUCUUUGAAGGUUUUGGGUAUGAAUAUUUUGGUGGAUUGGAAGGAGAGUCUAUUUGGGGAGAAGAUGUACUCAGCUAUAGGGCUCUCCUUUCUUCUAAACAAAAUGAGGAAGCUUUGUGUUUCCAAGCUAGAUGGGAGCCUCCUCAUGGAAUGUUUAGAAUAUGGCAUCCAUGGAAGGAGUAUAACAAGAUUGGAAGCUUAUCAAGGGAAUGUGCCUACCGCUUUGAAAUCCUCAACUCUCUCAAAGCUCAUACAAUCCAAUCACCCUUGGAAAUUCAGAGGCAAUACCAAGAGCACUGCUUGCAACUAUGCAUUGAAUCAGGAAAAGCUUUAAACUCCAUAGCAAUGGCAAUAAGAGAUAUAAUUCCACCUGCCAUGGCCAAGUCCCACACGGAAAAAGCAAAGGAGAAGGCUGAAGCACUCAUGUCUUUGCUAAAGAGUAGCCAUUUUAAUGGUGACAUGAAGAUGGUAUCAACUACAACUUUGAUUUAUCUGCUCAUUGAUUGUUUAUCUUGUGUCGAGAAGAUUGUUGAUUCUGUCCAUGACUUGGUUUCGCUUGCUCGGCCUAAAACCACACAUCCUCCGAAGCAGGCUGGUGUAAUGUCGACAGAGCAAAAGGCUCCUCAUAACAUUAUCAUUACUCAUAUUCAAAUUGCAGAGUAGGAAAUGUGAGAACUUAAUAGAGAGGUUAACGUAUGGAGGCUUGUGUUGUUUUUCA